CAAAAAGUUUAAACCACUAUUAUUCACUUCCAUAUAGAUAUACUCCAUAUCUUUUUUAAGCACUAUUUUAUUAACAACCAAUGGUAGAUCAAGAUGGGGUGUAGAGAGUAGGGGAGUGGGGUGGUGGUUGCAUAUAGCAUAUAGGGGAAAAAAAAAGCAAAAAGACAAACAUAAGGAAAAAAAGAAGAAAAAGUUAUAGUUGUGAUGACUUGAAAAUUAGUAUUUUUCUUUUCUAUGAUUUGUUGUAUUGUUGGGUUGAAAACAAUCAGUCUGUUCUGGCUAUAAACCAUCAUUGUCCACAUGUACAUGUGACUUUCUUUUACUUACUAGUACAAAAACCAAUUUAAAGUGUCAAUCUUUGAUCUUUUUUCAGUACUUUUAGAUUCAAGAAAGUUACUUAUCUUGUGUGUUUGGAUUUAUUGAGGCAAUUUGGAUUUGUGGGUUUUUGAGAAAAAUCAAGAAAGCUACUUUUUUUGUGUGUGUUUUUGGAUUUUGUUGAGGAGUUUGGGGUUGUGGGGUUUUGAGAAAAAUUCAAGAAAGCUACUUUUUUUGUGUGUGUGUUUGGAUUUAUUGAGGUGUUUUGGGUUGUGGGGUUUUGAGAAAAAUUCAAGAAUGUGGUGUUUUUUGUGUGUUUGGAUUUAUUGAGGAGUUUAAGGUUGUGGGGUUUUGAGAAAAAAUCAAGAAAGUUACUUUUUUUUGUGUGUUUUUGGAUUUAUUAAGGAGUUUGGAUUUGUGGGGUUUUGAGAAAUAUUCAAGACAGUGGUGUUUUAUGUGUGUUUGGAUUGAUUAAGGGGAAUUUGGAUUUGUGGGAUUUUGAGAAAGAUUCAAGAAAGUGGAGUUUUUUGUGUGUUUGGAUUUAUUAAGGGGAGUUUGGAUUUGUGGGAUUUUGAGAAAGAUUCAAGAAAGUUAGUUUUGUUGUGUGUUUGGAGUUAUUAAGGCAAUUUGGGGUUUUAUGUAGUUUUGAGAAAGAUUCAAGAAAGUGAUUUGUUUUUUGUAUGUUUGUUUUGUGGUAAAGUUUUGAACUUUUUUUGAUUUUGGUGUGGAAAAUCUUUUUUUUUUGUGGGGUUCAAGAAAAUGACUGUGGAAGAGAUUAGAGGGAAUAUGGGAGGUGGUGAUAAUUUCCCAAUUGGUAUGAGAGUUCUUGCUGUUGAUGAUAACCCUAUUUGUUUGAAGCUUUUGGAUAGUUUGCUCAGAAAAUGCCAGUAUCAAGUAACUACCACAAGUCAGGCAAGGAUGGCAUUGAAGAUGUUGAGGGAGAACAAAGAUAGAUUUGAUUUGGUAAUCAGUGAUGUUCACAUGCCUGACAUGGAUGGCUUUAAACUUCUUGAACUUGUUGGUCUUGAGAUGGAUCUUCCAGUCAUAAUGUUGUCUGCAAACAGCGAUACCAGGCUUGUAAUGAAGGGAAUCAGUCAUGGUGCUUGUGACUAUCUGGUGAAACCUGUGCGGAUCGAGGAGUUGAGGAAUAUAUGGCAACAUGUGAUCAGAAGAAAGAAGGUUGAGCCUAAGACCCAGAGCAAGUCUAAUAAUCAUGUCAAAUCUAAUCAUGAAAGUGGAGAAAGUGGUCGAGGGCAAUCACCAACCGGUAAUGCAGAUCAUAAUGGAAAAUGUAACAAGAAAAGGAAGGAUGAAGAAGAUGAGAAUGAUGAAAACGGAAAUGACAAUGAAGAUCCAACAACUCAAAAGAGAGCUCGUGUCGUUUGGUCCAUAGAGCUUCACAGGAAGUUUGUUGCAGCUGUCGGUCAGUUGGGCAUCGAAAAAGCUGUCCCAAAGAGGAUUCUUGACCUGAUGAAUGUUGACAGGCUUACGAGGGAAAAUGUGGCAAGCCAUCUCCAGAAGUAUAGGCUUUACUUGAAAAGGAUCAAUUCAGUACAAACUCAACAAGCCAACAUGGUUGCUGCAUUAGGGGGGAGGGACUAUGUGCGAAUGGGCUCACUGGAUGGGCUUGGAGAUUUUCGAACAUUGGGUGGAUCAGGACGAUAUACUCAUGCGGCCUUGUCAUCGUACAGUUCAGGGGGCAUGCUUGGCAGAUUGAAUAGUGCUGCUGGUCUAACCAUUCGCAACCUGACAGCAUCUCAACUGCUCCAACCUAGUCAUGGUCAAAAUUUGAGCAAUCCCGUUAAUGCUUUCACAAAGAUGGAACCAAACAUUCCACCUGCUAGCCAGAAUGCUAGUAUAUUUCAAGGCAUUCCUGCAUCAUUGGAGCUUGAUCAAUUGCAGAAGACUAAGUCCACGUCGCAUAUUCCUUUGGACGAGUCGAGGCUGCUUACAUCUGAUGUGCUCGGUUGCUCGAGUAACUCCUUAUCCAAUGUUCCAAAUAAUCCAAUGUUGCUUCAAGGGAAUCCCCUGCAGCCACUGACUGGGGGAGGAUUUGGAAAUCAGCACUCUCCAAACAUGACUCCGUUUAGCUCAGAUUCGUUCAAUACCGGUGUUAAUGGUUCUUCUAACUUUCUGGAACAUGGGCAAAAUUCCGUUCAGUUAUCGAAGUUCCAGUCGAGUUCUUUCCCAUUGACUCAAUCCUUCAUUAGCAGCCAUUUGCCUCAAGAUAGUUCAACGGAAACGACGACUCAUUUACAGAACAGCCCUCUUGAUUUUACUUUCCCCAACUCAGUCUCUCCUCCGUUUGAAGAUUCAAGGGGAGAAAUCCAAUACCGUCAAAAUAUGACUGGUGCUGUUCAGAGUAUGAAUCAAAUACCGUCUCAAUCAUGGGUCGACAAUAAACAACUUUAUUCCCACAACUCAAAUAAUACUCCCGGCAAUAACUUCAGCUCUCAGGUUCCCAACAAUGGUAGCAUGGCUUCUUUAAGCCACAAUAUGAACCAAAGCAACGAGAACUUCAGCAGAAGGACAGACAUGUCAUUGAUUGGUAGAUCGAAUGGAGGUUCUUCAACACUUGUGCAGCACAACGAGCAUGAAAAGUUGACCCCAGGUUCAAGGACAAGGUCAAAUGAAGAAUACCUCUUGGAGCCAACAAAGCAAGGCGUUCUUGGUUUUAGUCCACAAGGAUAUGACUCCCUGGAUGAUCUAAUGACUGCCAUGAAACGGGAGCAAGAUGGAGGCAUGUUAGCUGAAGGAACAAUAUGGAUUUGAUAAUUAAUUGACUAUGAAGUUUUCUGUUAGCUGUCAGCAAGAAGAAGAGGAUCUAGCUAGGUUGCAGCAAUACUAAUUUUCUCCUUUAGGAGUUAUAGUGUCAAUAUUUAGUAUUUUCGCAGGCUUUUAUCGCGCUUUCUGUUUCGUUAUUUUCUCCUGGAAAUGAUGUGUUGUUAUUGACAGUGCCAUUUCUAAAGCAAAUUGCUUGCUGCUUCUUA